UAAUAUUUAAGUUUACUAACAGUUUGUGUGAAAAUUGAAAAUUUUAUGUUUUGAUAAAAAAAAAAUAAAGUCAAACCAGAGCUGAAUUUAGAGCAUUGAUUCAUUUGGACCGGAAAGUAGAACAUAAGGUAAUUUAAUGAAUGGAAAAGAUAUGACAAACAGUGACGAUAAUAAUGUGUCAAAUGGAUCACCAUUUCAAAGGAGUACAACUGAUCCAAAUCGACGAUCCAGAGCUUCCAUACGAAAGAUUGAAGUAAGACGUGAAUCAACAACAAGUGUAAAGUCAAGAGGAGGUUGGGGUAACAAAUGGGAAUUUCUAUUGAGUUGUGUUGGGCUUAGUGUUGGAAUUGGAAAUGUUUGGAGGUUUCCAUAUUUGGCAUAUGAAAAUGGUGGCGGAGCAUUUCUCAUACCAUACCUGAUAAUGCUAACAUUAGCCGGCAAACCCAUGUAUUUUAUGGAGUUAGCAUUUGGUCAAUUUGGUGGUACCGGUCCAUUAUCUAUAUGGAAGUGCACUCCUAUAGCCAAAGGUAUAGGAUCUGCUAUGAUAGCUGUGUCGUUAGUUGUUUGUAUUUAUUAUAAUGUGGUGAUGUCAUAUACACUUUAUUUCAUCGCACAUUCAUUUCAAUCAGAGCUUCCGUGGCAAAGAUGUGAUCCUGAGUGGGCUAACGGCACAAAUUGCACCGUUAGAUCAAAAAAUACUACAAUUUUAGAAGGAGUAUCUUCAAGUCAGGUUUUUUGGGAACGAAAAGUAUUGGAUUUGUCGCCAGGAAUUGAUCAGUUAAAUGGUGUGAAAUGGGAUUUAGCUCUUUGUUUGGCUAUUAGUUGGGUUAUUGUCAUCCUUUGCUUAUUAAAAGGAGUAAAAACAAGUGGGAAAGUUGUAUAUUUUGCGGCCACUUUUCCAUAUGUCAUUUUAAUUUCACUAUUAAUUGCCGGAAUAACUCAAACGGGUGCGUGGGAGGGAAUAAAAUAUUUUAUAGUACCUGAUUGGGGCAAACUUCUUGAAAUUAAAGUAUGGCAGGCAGCGGCCGGUCAGAUGUUUUUCAGUUUAAGUGUUGCGAUGGGCGGACUCAUUAUGUUUAGUAGUUAUAAUGAUUUUCGUCACAAUAUAUUUCAUGACGCUAUGAUUGUUAGUAUUUUGGAUACAAUUACUUCAAUUAUAUCAGGAUUAGUAAUAUUUUCAGUAUUGGGUGCUAUGGCUAAUGAUUUGGGACCAGACGUUAAAGUAACAGAUGUGGUUAAAAGUGGUCCGGGACUGGCGUUUGUCACAUAUCCAGAAGCUCUAACUCGACUACCAUUCCCUCAAGUUUGGUCCGUUUUAUUUUUCUUUAUGUUAUUUACAUUAGGACUCGAUUCUGAGUUUGCACUCAUGGAGAAUGUUUUGACCAGUCUUUCGGAUGAAAUACCGUUUCUAAGAAAACAUAAACUAAAGUUUUGUGUCGUAACGGGAAUUGUUUGCUUUAUUUUAGGACUUCCUUGUGUUACAAGAGGAGGACAAUACAUAUUUGAUGUGAUGGAUAACUAUGGAGGAAGUCUACCACUUGUUUUUAUAGCUGUUUCUGAAUGUGUAGCUCUCAUGUGGAUCUAUGGCUUCGAUAGGUUUGCUUUUGAUAUAGAUUUUAUGUUAGGAAAGCAAUUGGGACUCUAUUGGAAAAUUACUUGGAAAUAUACUUCACCAAUAAUAUUGGCCCUUAUUUUUAUCUAUUCACUAAUCAAUUUUAAACCAUUAAAGUAUGGUGAAUAUGAUUAUCCCGAUUGGGCUGACGCUAUGGGCAUAUGUCUGACACUCGUUAUUAUACUACAGGUACCCAUUUGGGCUAUUUAUGCAAUAUAUUCACAAAAUAAAGGACAAACGCUUAAAGAAAAAAUUGAAUUAUCGCGUAUAGACACUGAAGAUUGGGGUCCCAGAGAUUUGGCACUAAGACAUGAGUGGAGAACUAAAUAUACAAACUGUCUGUCCAUUGGAUAUCAAACGUCAAAUUUAAAUAAAGAACCGGCAGUUUUGAUGAAAUGUCAAAAUAUAACUAAAAGGACAAACAGUGCCGAUAAUCCAGCAUUUAUUCCGGACAUACCUUAAAUUAUUGGUUUUUAAUUAUAAAAACAAUUUUAAUUCAUUU